AAGGAUGCGAGCGUGCGGCGGGUUGGACAUUACGUGGUGCGCGACGUGAUCGGUCGCAAAGGGCGCUGUACUGUGCGUGGAUCGGACUCACCACGGGCAUUCACUCACGUUUGCCAAAAGAUGAAUAUAUGUGCAUACGUGGAUUGUAGUAUGUCACGCCGUUGUCGCCCUGAAGCUCUAUUCAAGUUACUUCCGUGGCGUCGCUGUCGUCGAUAG